CAUGCACAGUAGCGGAGGGGGACACAUUUUGAGAGCGGGCAGUGUUUGCUACCACGGUGCGGCUCGGGGAACUCCUCACUGCUCAGUCGGGGAGUGGCCCCUGGCGCUGGUAGAUCUGGAGCUGCUAGGAGAGUCCCUUAACUCUGCUUAGCUAGGGAGAGCCCGCUGGCUGGUAGGAGCGGGAGCCGUCCCUGGGAGCUGGAGAGAUAGCCCUGUAGCCCGGCUGGAGCGGGAACUGCCGGAGGAGCCCCUCACUCUGCCUAGCGGGAGGGAGCCCCCUGGAGCUGGCCGGAGCAGGAAGGGGGAUUUUCGGAAGUUUAAGCUCCAUUAUUCCUAUUUAAAAUGCCUAAAAAGAAGCCCAUGCCCAUUCAGCUGAACCCGGCUCCAGAUAGCUCCACCAUCAAUGGGACCAGCACUGCAGAGUUUUUCUUUGGAGGGAGCAGUCAGCUGACAAAUUUAGAGGCGCUGCAGAAGAAGCUGGAAGAGUUAGAAUUGGAUGAGCAGCAACGUAAACGUCUUGAAGCUUUCCUUACUCAGAAGCAAAAAGUUGGGGAACUGAAGGAUGACGACUUCGAGAAAAUCAGUGAACUGGGAGCAGGAAACGGCGGUGUGGUCUUCAAAGUAUCUCACAAACCUUCUGGCCUCAUUAUGGCAAGAAAGUUAAUUCACUUAGAGAUCAAACCAGCUAUUCGAAACCAGAUCAUUCGUGAGCUACAAGUUCUACAUGAAUGUAACUCUCCAUACAUAGUGGGCUUUUAUGGAGCUUUUUACAGUGAUGGAGAGAUCAGCAUUUGCAUGGAACACAUGGAUGGUGGGUCCUUGGAUCAAGUACUGAAAAAAGCUGGAAGAAUUCCAGAGCAGAUUUUGGGCAAAGUUAGCAUUGCUGUAAUAAAAGGUCUCACAUAUUUGAGAGAGAAACAUAAGAUAAUGCAUAGAGAUGUUAAACCAUCUAACAUUUUGGUGAACUCUAGAGGUGAAAUCAAGCUUUGUGAUUUUGGUGUCAGUGGACAACUGAUAGAUUCAAUGGCAAACUCGUUCGUGGGGACACGGUCCUACAUGUCACCGGAAAGACUCCAAGGUACUCAUUAUUCAGUGCAGUCAGACAUCUGGAGUAUGGGAUUGUCACUGGUAGAAAUGGCCAUUGGCAGAUACCCAAUUCCCCCUCCUGAUUCCAAGGAGCUGGAGCUGAUGUUUGGCUGCCCUGUAGAGGGAGACUCUCCAGUUUCUGAGACUUCACCCAGGCAAAGAACACCUGGCCGACCAAUGAGCUCCUAUGGACCAGACAGCAGGCCUCCAAUGGCAAUCUUUGAACUUCUGGACUACAUCGUCAAUGAGCCUCCUCCAAAAUUGCCCAGUGGCGUUUUCAGCCCUGAAUUUCAAGAUUUUGUGAACAAAUGCUUAAUAAAAAAUCCAGCAGAGAGAGCAGAUUUGAAGCAACUCAUGAUUCAUGUUUUCAUUAAGAGAUCUGAAGCUGAGGAAGUGGAUUUUGCAGGAUGGCUUUGUUCGACUACAGGCCUCAACCAGCCUAGUACCCCCACGCAUGCUGCUGGAAUCUGAAUAUUGAGAGCAAAUCUUGUACUGUACAUCUGUUAAAACAAUGCUAUUUUGGUCUCAUUUCUCAAGCUUGUAUCUGUUCAAAUAUGUAUUUCACCUCUUAAGGAAGGAAGUCUGUUCUAGCAUGUGCCAAAUCCUGAUUGUUUUAAAUUUUUGUCCUAAAUUAAUUGGUGUUGUAUUGGAGUACUUUAACUGACUAAAAUGUGUGAGAUGUUGAAAUUAUAGUGCUUGCUGAUUAAGUGAAUUUGGAUAUUUUUUGUAAUGAAAAUCUCACUGGGGGUACUUAGUCCCAGAUUGUUUGAGCUCUAUCAGGAUUCCUUGUAAGUUGGUGGUACUUCAGUCAUGCUUAUCUAGUCUCACACAAGGUUGUUAGAGAUCCUCCUAAACAAUAUUUGUCAAGCAUGCUUGUGUUGUUAUCAAACUGUGCAUCUCAAUGCUUUUGUGUAGAGAACUCUUCCCAGUUAAACGGGCAAGAGUCCUCUAUUGCCCUGAAACACAGGGCAUCAUAACUACUUUUAGACUGUUUAUAUUUCUAUAUUUAUUUUUAAAUGUAUUGUCAUACUUGGGAUUGUUUAGUAGUAUGUGUCUCCUUUAAUUGGUAUUUUUUUUAAAUGUCCUAUAGACUCAAGAGCUAAAAGUGCAUCAGACUUGCUUCCUUUUAACCCAACUAAAGAAGACUUAUGACAACUGUGUGUAUAGUGUCUAAAAUGUAUGAAAAUCCUUUUAAUUACUUUUCUUUCAGAUGGCUACCAGUUUAAUCUUAUACUAAUAAAUAUAUUAUCAAGUAA